AUGUCAUACGUCUACAGAGAGCGCGAUCGCGAGCGGGACUGGGAUGAACCCCGCUCGACCGUAUCUAUCAAGCGUUACGUCAUCCCCUCGGAGGAGGAGCGUGAGCGUGAACGUGAGCGUGAUUUCUUCUAUCGCCAUGAGGACCCAGCCGACCGAGAGCUGGUUAUCCGGCGCACUCAUGAGCGAGAGGAGCCGGUGAUGAUUCAAAGGUAUGAACGAGAGGUUGACUACGACUCGCGCUCACUUGACUACCGCUCCGAAAGAGACUAUUACGAACGUGAACGUGAGUAUUAUGUGCCCGAGCGCAUUCGCAGUUACCCCGCCCCCGUUAUCAUUCGUGAAACUCAGCCGAUAAUCCUUCUUGAAGCACGCGGCCCCGUCUACGUCAAUCCACGAGAGUCCGAUUAUGAUAUUGUGCGGCGGUCGGAAGUGGAUCGCGAGCCUGGCGGCUAUUACUAUCAUCGUCGUGUACGCGAGUGGGAUGAAGACCGUCGCUCCCGACGCGAACUGAGCCCUAGCGACUCUGUCUCACAGGCUACCCGUCGUCGCGAUGAAGAGGACUACAGCAGCGAUGAGAGCAUGGUCUACAUUCGCAAAGAGACACGGGAGUACGAUGAUCAUCCCCAUCGGCGGCGGCAUCUAGCCGAGGGUGCCCUAGUAGGUGUUGGGGCGGCAGAACUUCUUCGCAACCAUCACAAGAAAGAAGGAGAAGAAGUGCCUGAGGGAGUUGGCCGCCUGGGGCGGGACGUGGGUGCCGGUGCAUUGGGCGCCAUCGCUGCUGAAGCAGUCUCGCGUGCAAGAGAGCACUAUCGCAGCAAGAGUCGUCAUCGCUCCCACUCUUUUGAUGACGAUCACAGAUCACACUCCCGUCAUCACCGCCGUCAUCGUCAUAGCCACAGUCGUCGAAGUCGCAGUCGCUCUCACUCCCACUCGCGCGCGCGGACGCUCGCGGAACUCGGCCUAGGUGCCGCUGCUAUUGCUGGAGCUGUUGCCCUGGCACGAAACAAGUCCAAUUCCAAUAAGGACAGACGCAGUCGAUCUCGUCACCGCCAUGCUGCCAGCUCCACACGGUCGUUGCCGCUGAACAAAGAUGGGGAGCGCAGCCAGUCCAAAACAGCAGUGGCAGGCCUGAUCGAGAGGGCCCGGAGCCGCUCCCGUCCAGGGCGACGUGAUCGGUCUCGAUCCAAGAGCGCAAUCAGGAAAGCCCUGCCAGUGCUAGCGGCCGGCCUUGGGACAGCUGCGGCUACUGGAUUAUAUGAGAAGAACAAGGACAAGAAAGAAGCCUCACGAAACAGGGAGCUUCGACGCUCACGAUCUCGCAGCCGCGCCCCUUCAGAGGUUUACUCUGAUCCAACGAAGUCCUCUCCUGGUCUGAUCGAGUACGGAGAACGCCCAGUCCAUGGUAGUAUUCCUGCCAACUACUACGGUCGGCCUGGGAGCUCACAUGGAUACUACUCGGAUGCAUCUGACCCUGUUGCAAGUGGCGCAGCUGGCUUUGGAUCAACAAGACGCCGGCCUUAUAGCCGCAGUCGUAGUCGCAGCCGAGGCCGGGAAGCUCGCUACAGUAGCGAUUCGUCAGACUCAGAGAGUGACAGCCGGAGAAGACGACGAGGCGGGCACGAACGGCAUCGCAGUCGCUCGCGGGAAUUCGCCGAGGCCGCUUUAGGAGCUGCAGGAGUCGGUUACGCAGCCCACAAGCUCGCGCAGCGUAAUGAGCGCAAGAAGGCAGAGCGAGACAGAGACAGAUCGGAUGAAGAAGCUGCGUACCAGCAUGAUCCGUAUCCGUCAUCUCCUGCUGCCCUUCGGCCGAUCGACGAUCAUCAGUACUACCCUAAUACGAAUUACUUUCCUCCGCCGCCUGGCUCCGCGCCUCGCACGGAACCAGCACCUUACAACCCUGCCGAUUAUCCACCUCCACCCGGCGCCGUGCCACCGCAGCCGUAUGCUCAUCCUGCGCGUCCUGAGUCAGACCCGUAUGCACCUCGGCCCCGAAGGGUAGAAGAGAAUGUGAGUGCCGCAUGGAAAUCUCCCCAUCACCCCAUUACCCAAGAUCGCAUAUCAGAUGGUCUAGAUGCACGAUCAUCGCUGAGAACCCCUCGCCCGAAAAAGCGACGACCCCGCGCGGCCAGCCAGCCGGCAAGGCCGAAAUCGGUUGCCUUUGACCUUGAAUCGGAACAUGAAGGACAGCAUGACCCCGGAUACGAAACGGAUGAUAGUGACUCUACCAUUGCAUCAAUACAUGGCCAUGGGCGCAACCGCACUCCACGUCGCCGCCACUCGUUCUCUGAGCCGUUCGCUGCACGUACACGGUCUGAAGAUCGGUCCCGCAAAGACGGCGCGGAAUCUGAUUCCGACUCGACUAUCGAUUUGCCUGACCGGUUUGACUCGCAGGGACGCCUUUUAUCCCAGCCCGAAGAUGAUCCUUUGGCGGACGGGUUGGAGACACUGCUCAGAGGAAUCAACCGUGUCUUUGUUUAG